AUGACAGCACCCGAGACUGCUGAGGGUCCCCGGAAGAGAAGACGAAUUGUCAUAUCCUGCGGUGAAUGUCAUCGCAGAAAGCAACGGUGCGAUCGCUUGUUACCAUGUGGAAAUUGCAAGUCUCGAAAUAAAGAGUCGGCUUGCUCUUAUGAGACAGGCGCCCGCCCAGCCACUCGCUCACAUGAGUAUCCCAACACGGAAACUUCACAAGCUCUCUCGGGAGACCCAGUGAGGAAGAUUGAUCCUUCGCCAUCUGGAUCUAGCGACUCGCUUGACCAUGGGUCUAAUGACCCUCUGUCGUCUAAGGCUGCUGAUUGGGGAUAUGCUCACAAUGGUGCAUCUACGAUGGGCAUUCUUAAACGCAUCGAAACUCUAAGCGAUGGGGAAGAAAGCUCGCCCGAUUUAUAUGCCGGGUCUCGAGGUCCGACAGAUGGCGGUAAAGAAUUCGCCUUGAAAGAGAAGUAUAAGGCCAUCAUUCGUCAAUUGCCUGCCAGGGACUACAUCGAUAGACUUGUGGAAAUGUAUCUGCAUAGUUUCAAUUGGCAGUACUAUGCUAUCGACCCAGACAUAUUCUACCGUCAGCUGGAGGCUUGGAAUUCAUUACCAUUCUCAGUACUCUCGGACAUAGGCCCUCGUGGGUUGCAUUCUGAACUCCGAGCAUUUCCAGCUGUUAUCUUCCAAAUCAUUGCAACAGCGCUACUUCUUCUACCAGAGAAACCGGAUCGAAGAUUUGACUCGCUCAAGUUUGCUGGUGGUAUGAGCUUUGAGGAUCUGGCUAUGGAGUACAGUGAGUCAGGACAAGCGAUUGUUGAUCUGCUAGGGAAGAAGCACCUUUCGUUGUCAACGGUUCAGGCACAGUUUCUGCGGGCAUCCUUUCAUAAGUUUACAGCCAAAGUCACUGAUGCAUGGCAUACGAUAUCAGUAGCGAUUCGCGAUGCACAAGAUCUAGGGAUGCAUCGCGAUAGCCUUGAUCCCAAAAACGCUGGGUCAAGCUUGGAAAGCAUUUUGGAACAUCAAUGGCUGAUACAGAGGAGACGAAGGAUCUACAUACUACUUGCUAUCUGGGACUUGAAUUGUGCCAUGAUUCUUGGACGCCCUGGCACAAUUGAUUGGAAUCAAACUCUUCCCGCACCUCCCGUCGAUGCACCUAUACCUAAGAACCGCGACAAAACGCCGGUUGUUCCUCGAGGAGAGGAUGAUCAUCCUACACCUAUAACUCGACUUCUAUGGAAUUAUGAACUCUGCAGGCCACUGCUAGCUAUUCAGAACCUCGAAGUCAAGGGUUCAUAUCCCUUGGAUCCUGAGAAGAUUGAGAAAAUCCACAAGAGUAUACAGGAUCUGGACAAGACAAUACCGCCAUCCUUCCGCAUGGAUAACCCUGACACGCGAUGGGAUAACCUCCCUGAGACGCAUUGGUACACAGCAAACCGCUACUACUUUGCAAGUCUACACGAAUUCAGCAAAAUGGCUCUACAUCGUCCGUUCAUCUUCAACCGUGCCGAGAGCAGAGUGGAAGCUAUACAUGCCAGUCUCAAAACACUCGAGAUACAGAAGUUGACGUUUGAAGGACUACCUCCAGACUCGUGGAGAAACUUUAUGCUCUUCUUUGCAAGUUUCGAUGCCAUUGUGCUGCUUGCGUCUGUGUAUAUACUAUUUCCACGAGAGCAUGCGGAGUAUACGGAUCGGACGAUUGAGCACUUUCAGUGGACUAUUGAGCGCUUCUCUGCCAUUCAGGAUCGCAACCCGUUGGCUAAAUCUGCUCAGGGUGUGCUAAAAGCUAUUGUCGCGAGGUUCAAGAGAGCUAUGGCGAAGGCGAGGAACGGUUCACUGCCAUCUUUGACUGAAGGUUCUACAGCAGGAUCGAGCAGAACAGUUACGAAUUCUACACCAAAUAGUUCGACUCUAGAGAGCAGUGAUUUCUCAGGGUUAGCGACUACCGACCCGACGUGGAUGAUCCCAUCGAUAGACGAGCUGAACAUGAUGGCGCCUUUCUUUCCUACUGGCGAUUUGGUUUACAACGACCUUACGGCCGGACCAGAUAUGGCGGCUCUCCCUUUGCCUUCGGCGGAUGACCAGGGGGUUAGAGAGAUGUGGCAGUUUGGAGGAGGAUGGGGGGAUGAUACUGUUUGGCAGAUGCUGAACCAGUUUCCGGCUGCAAUGGAAGAUUCUGGUCCCAACUUAGUCUGA